CAGCGCUGCACAGGAAGAGAAUGCGGGUCUUCAGGACGACGCUUCUUGAUUUUUAACGUUCAUUUUUAAAACGUCUAAAGCUGAUGUGCGUCAGGUUUCAGUUAUGUGCGGUUAGUUUGACGUUUUGCCGGUUUCCAGGCCGGUGAGCUGCUGAGACUCGCUGAAGCUACGAUGAGAAAAACAGCGGUUGGGCGUGUUUACAGCUGCUAACAACACAGCUCGGAUGUAGCGGGUUCACCUCGACGGCAGCUUCACCUCAGGUGAAAUGUUCCGUUAAUGUUCGAUAUCCGCUCAGAUAGCCGCAGCCAGGCUGUUUGUGUAAUAGGUGACUUAUUGUGGGUUAAAGAAGAGACAGCCACCUCUUCAUCAUCACACUCAGCCUCAGCCUGUUCCGUCAUCCAUCAUAUUAGUGGCUGUCCGAUGCCGAACACAUCAGAAAGUCAAGGAGCAAACCUCCCGGGGCCAGCGGAGCCGUCGGGGCUGCAGAGGCCCACAGAUGGGGAGGAGGAGCACAGCCUGAUCAGCUCUCUGGCCCGGGACGCCGUCAGGGUGAGACGGGCUUCCAGCGCUGAGCUCCACCUGCCAUGGACCUGCCCAGUCACUCACUCCAGAGAGAAGUUCUACACCGUCUGCUCCGAUUAUGCCCUCCUCAACCAGGCGGCCUCUGUGUACCAUCCACCAUCCAGAGACGUGGUCCAACGCAAACAGGACGACGGGCCGCCUUUGGUGAAGUCCAAACCUUCAGUGGACUUCAGCACCGGCCAGACUGUGGGAGCUCAUGUGGGAUCAGACGGAGACUGCGACAUGGAGGAAGUUUCCUCCGGGAACACCAAGCCUAUUUUAGCCUGGGAGAUCGAUACAACAGACUUUAAUGCUGUGUUUACCAGAAAAAUAAGAACAAGCAACGGGAAGAAAUGCAGCAGCAAGAAGAAGUCGUCAGAGAGACCCAGCAGGAAUCUGCAAGACGUCUCUCCUCAUGCCUCGCUGGAGGAGAUCAAACAGAGAAAAGUGCUGGACCUCAGAAGAUGGUACUGCAUCAGUCGGCCGCAGUACAAGACUUCAUGUGGAAUCUCCUCUUUAGUGUCCUGCUGGAACUUCUUAUACAGCACUCUGGGAGCAGGGAGUCUUCCGCCCAUCUCUCAGGAGGAGGCUCUGCACAUUCUGGGGUUUCAGCCGCCUUUUGAAGAAAUCAAGUUUGGUCCCUUCACAGGCAACGCUACGCUGAUGCGGUGGUUCAGACAAAUCAACGACAAUUUCCGAGUGCGAGGCUGCUCCUAUAUUCUGUACAAACCUCACGGAAAACACAAAACGGCAGGAGAGACAGCUGAAGGAGCGCUGAUGAAACUGACACAAGGGCUGAAGGAUGAGACGAUGGCCUACAUUUAUCACUGUCAGAACCACUACUUCUGCCCAGUCGGCUUCGAAGCUACGCCGCUCAAAGCAGCAAAGGCUUACAGGGGUCCUCUACCCACUAAUGAAAUGGAGUACUGGAUCUUAAUUGGUGAACCCAGCAGAAAACAUCCGGCUAUUCACUGUAAGAAAUGGCUGGACAUAGUGACUGACCUCAACACACAAAAUCCAGAGUAUCUGGACAUUCGCCACACAGAGAGGGGCAUCCAGCGCCGCAAAACCAAAAAGGUGGGCGGUAACCUCCACUGCAUCAUGGCCUUCCAGAGGGUGAACUGGCAGAAACUGGGGCCCUGGGCGUUAAAUCUGGAGAACCUGCGGCACGACUUCCACCACUCGAGCGCCGAGCGAGCUCACGGGAGCGUCGCCGAGGACACCGAGGAGAGAACGUCGUCCAAGCGGCUGGCCCACCUGGGACGAUCGCACAGCAUGGGGAGUCAGAAAGACAGCAGCUGGAAACGCAUGUCCAACACUACAGAGUACAGGCAGAGGAGCUCACCUGACAGCGACCUCGAAGAAGACAUCACAGACUGAAAGGUUCACGGGACACACAGGGGAGGAGGAAAUACAGGACAGAACAGGAGCAUUUUAGAGGAUAAGUCUGGUGCUUUUCUGUCAACAAAAACCCCAAAAACAACAAUCUGUUAGAGAAGAGGUUAUUUAACUGAUUUCAUUUUUGUAAAAGGCUAAAUCAUUUCUUAAAUCUGUUGGACUCUGUAGUGUUUAGUGACGGUUAUUCUGGCAGGAGCAUUUGUUUGGACUGUUUUAAGCUACAGAUUUCUACACAUUUGAGGCUUAACAGCAGCAGGACGACGCUCAGUGCUUUUGUUCAUUCUAGUGAAUGAAUGAACUGCCAGUGUGACAGUGUGGUUCACUCAUGUGUUGCAGUUUUUUGGAUGACAGUGCAGCUCUGUGGCACACAGGGAUUAAAUAUAUCAGGCUUUGGAUACUCAUAUUCAACUUGUUAUUCCGACUAGUUCAUUGUUGUUUUUGGUUGUUUCAUAGAUUUCUUGAGAGUGUAAAAAAUAAUAGAACAUCACCAGACUUCUCCUUGAGUAUUUUUAGGACUGUCACAGGUUGAUUCAACUCAUCCCUGAGGUCGUUUUAGUUUUGCAGCUAUAAAGAAAAUAUUAAGUGUUUGUCAGUCAGUGUUGCUGAGUGUCUGUCUGAAACAAUUUCUUUUACCACUUUACUGCCUUUUGGCAGCAAACGAUGCACAAAAAACUGCUUUAAAUCAUCACCAAGGCAGCUACACCAGUGAGCCACAUUCAGUUACUAAACCACGCAGCGGUGUGUGCAGCUUUAAAGCAGAUUUUCACUGUUUUCCAAGUCAACAUGGCAACAGGUUUUAGCAACUUUCCGCCAAAAGUCGUCCAAAUAGUUUCGAGGAGGUAAACGGUUUAUUCAGCCCUGUGUUAUCUGUGUUUCCACCACAGUCUGAAGUGCUGAAUCAGGUAAUUGACACUACAACAGAAAAUUGUGACAGCCAUAACCAAACUUUAAGGUAGACCUUCUCAUUGCAGCUCAAAAACUCAGAUUCCUUCUUCUGCAGCUCUCUUGUGUCAGUAGACACAAAAAAGAAACUGAUUUGAAGCUGCAGGUUUUUAAAGAAAAUGCUGUUUGUACUUAACCAAUCAAAAACAUUUGAGCGCACAAGUUGGUGAACGUUUGGAAAAUGCCACUACAUAUGACCAGAGAACAAUUUCUCUCUAAGCAUUUAGACUCGGGCUCAUCAAAAUGCAUUUUUAAAUUAUGCAACAGGCAGAUCACAAAGGCUGCAGUGUAAUGUAGUGAGUCUGACCCUCAGUUUAAACUGUCAUUUUAAUGAUUAAUGCUGCACUUUUUGUGUGACAGUCACGCAUCUAGUGGUAUCUUAUGUGAUAAUGCUCCGUCAUGUUUUAAUUCUAUUGCAAAGUGAAUAUAGAACUGAAACUUGACUUGAAAAAAAAUAUAUAUUUCAAAUCCGAUCACAGUAUUUGUCAGGAAAAUCGCAAGUAGAUGUUUUCCACAAAUCAUUCAGCCCUGGUCCUUCUGGUGGAAACACGAGUAGAGAAGCUGAGUUCCUCAUCAGGUUCUUUUGUUUGCUGUAAUCAUUCCUUCUAGCAGAGAGACCUGUUCAAAAAAAUCUGUUUGUGUAGGCGAUUGGAAACAAAAUCCACAGACCUGAUAGUGUGGAAGAAAUAUACAAAGUUUAUCUGAAGAAAAUACAAGGUUUGAGCAGCAGACUCAGUUAAAUCAAAAGAAUAUCUUCCAAAGUUGAACCUUUUUUUUUAGAGAUGCAAUCAAAAAUUAUUUCACUGUUAGUUAACUGAAUAGUUGUUUGGUCUACAAAAUGUGAGAAAAUAGUAAAGAAAAAAAAUGUUGAUCAGUGUUUCCCAAAGCCAAAGAUGACGUCCUCAAGCGUCCCCAAAGAUAUUUAGUUUACCAUCGUAGAGGAGGAAAGACAUAAAUAAAUACAUAAAUAAAUAAUCACAUUAAAGAAGCUGGAAUUACAGCAUUUUGACUUCAUAAAAUUUCCAAACUGAUAUUUCAAAAUAGUUGGUAAUUAAUUUAAUAGUUGACUUUUAUUUUUUUAAGCACAAAAUUAAAUACUUUUGUCUCCACUUAGUAAGGAAAGAUUGUCAGUGGGUCACACCAGUGGAUAAUCAUUCUAAAACCGCUGCAGUCUCCUGUUAGCUUUAGUUAUAUGGUGGAAUGUGUUUUUGACUUGGUUCCACAUCACUUACACUUGAAGCGCAUUUAAGACCUGUUAAGGGCCGAUACGAACAAGAAAAAUGAGUAAAGUGAGGAAGAUAAUUUUCACAUCUGACAGUUGAUUUGUUGUGAGUCUUUCUCUUAGACGGAGGUCUGCGGUCGGCUAAUGGAUCAGUUGCAAUAAAUAAUGCUAUGUGGCUUGGAAAAAAAUGAUCUCCUGAUAACAUGUAGCAAGCACAAAGAUCCAGACAAAGCUGCUAGUUUUACAGGGCAUUUUGUUAACAGGGCAUCAAACUGCAGCCUCAAACACUGAGUUGGAUCAGCACCUGUUACAGUGUUAAAAACUGAAUUAAAGCGUUUUUAUUAUUUUGUCCACCCCGUAUGAACCUAAAGAGGGAGAUUAGAUGUUCGUACAUUUUCAUUCCCUUCCACCACCGAUCACACACGCAUUCCUCUGACUUUUGUUACGGUUCUGUCACAUCAUCCUAAAGACCCUGCAGAGAUUCUGUAGAGUCCCAUGACGUUCAGGUAGAGCUGCGUAGAAAACACACAACACACACUGUAAAUUCAGUUCAGACACACUCGCUUCAUUGUACAGGUACAGUCAGUGGGCGUACUGUGGUUAGUUCAGUGGAAAUGCCGUCCAGUCAAAGUGUCGUGAAAGCAGCUGAUGUUUUGUUGUGCUUUGUGAAACCUCGAGUAGGACAGUAGAUGAUCCUGUUUUUUUAACAAAGGUGGGAGCUGUACACAAGUGAAAGAAUUCAAAAUGUGAACCACAGAAAGUGAAGACUGCAUGGUUUAUUUUCAUGUUUAUGUACAGACAUGCUGUUCUUUUGUUCGCCCCUUAGUGGUGCCAUUUGUCUUUGACCCAGCGCAGACGUGGUCGUGUACUCAAGUGGGUUUGAUGUAGUGGUUUAUUUAUUUAUUCCUUUUACAAUAAAAUAAGAUUUUUAUAAACUUA